AUGCCAAGAGACUUAUGUUCACUUGCGCUGCCGCGAUGCGCGUUCGAUUGGAGCAGAGCUGAUUAUCAGUAUCCUGCACCGUUUUUCUGGAUUCCCGUCUGUGUCACACUUUUCAGUGCUUUUGGACUUCUACGAUUCUAUGAGGAAAAUCGAAUAUGGUAUCUAUACAGUCCAUCCGGUGCAGAUUCUCACUAUGAACAUGCAGUUGCUAACGAAUUUUUCAACGAUAGAGGAGGAAAAUUCUGGCUAGAGGUGACCAUCACUGCGCGUGAUUUCGGCAAUCUUCUAAGGAGGAGCUAUUUUGACGAAGUGGAGUCAUUGUCGAAUUAUUUGCAGUACAAUUUCACAUCGGAAUGUUUCGUUGAAGGACGGAAACAGUGCACAUUUGCCGAACUCUGCUCAGGAAGCAGCUGUGCAGAGAACCAGGUUGUGCCACUGUUCAAUCUUAUAUACCGUAACGCUUCCUCAAGACUUCAUCCAAAUUUUCGACUAACCUAUCCGACAAUGCAUUUGUAUAAUGACGAAUAUUACGUAGGGGAACAUUUUGCCGGUGUUGAAAUUGACAAAAAUACGAAUAGGAUUUCCUCCGUGAAAGUCAUUGUACUGUAUUUUCGAACAGAUAGGCAGAAUGAUGAAGUUGCAUCCAGUUUGAGAAGUUGGGAAACCAGUAUGUUUGACUAUGUGGAACAUUUUCAACAUCCAAUUCUUAACAUUACGUGCAACAGCGACGCCCUGAUUGCUAGAGAAGUCCGAAGAAAUGGAUUGACAUGUGUGCCAUUCUUCACGAUUUCGGUUGCGCUGGUCUACUGCUUUAUUUUGAUCACAAAUCGUCGUGAGCAUUUUCGGCUGGCUCAUUCGAUUUUCAUGGCUUUUCUAGGCGUCGCAGGUCCAUUGAUGGCUGUUGGAACUACGUUCUGUUUUCUUUUUCUCCUUGGAUUCCCCUUCAACUCGAUCACUCUUGUGAUGCCUUUUCUUAUUAUUGGAGUUGGAUCCGAUGAUGUGUUCAUUAUCAUCCAUGCAAUGCGUAAAACAGACAAGAGAAAAUCACUUGAAGAUCAAAUUGAAAAUGUGAAACUCGUCCGAUUGUUGAGUCUCGUCCGAUCGAUGCCACGCUGCUCCGAGCGCUCUUUAUACAACUUGCUUGGAUUCCAUGCUAAAAUGCCGACGAUUUCUACGGAAAUGGAGCUUGUCAUUAAGACAAGGAGAAGCUCAGAAACUAUGGAAGAAGCCGGACCAUCUAUUACUGUCACAUCUGUCACAAAUAUACUUUCCUUUGGAAUCGGGAUUUUGACUCCUACACCGGCUAUUUCAAUUUUUUGCCUGUACACUUGUGUUGGCGUCGCUAUUGACUUUGUGUACCAGCUUACAUUCUUCGUCGCAGCAUUGGUGUACGAGGAGAUUCGAAUCGCAGGUCCAGAAAAACCGCCUAUCGAAGAUGUGGUGAAGAAUAAGGAAAUUAUAUCUGCAAAAUUAUCAGUACGUUCGGUAUAUCCAGCAGAUCCCGACGGGAUUGUCGCAAAGUACUGCAGGAUAUUAAAGACGUGGCAGAGUCGUCUAGCCUUGCUUUUCAUUCUAAUAAUUUACUGGGCUGCUUCAAUUUAUGGAUGUCUAAAGAUGGAAAUUCGCAUGGACACUACGAAUCUUGUUUUAAAAGACAGCCCGCUGCACAAUGUUGCUUACGUUUAUGAGAAUUUUCUGUGGAAGGAAGGCCAGCUUGUUUUAGUGUUCGUGAAUGAUCCACCAGAUUUAUCGAAAGAGGAGAACCAACGGCGCAUGUUGGGACUUGUGGGAGAAUUUGAAGAUUUGCCCUAUUCAAUGGGGAAAAACUCGACAUCGUUUUGGCUCCGGUCUUUUCUUUAUCAGUCAGCUUUGUAUCAAACAACAGAUGGGUUUUAUCCGCUGCUCGACGCUUGGCUGCAGGAUGCAGAAAGUGGUGGAUCGAGAUGGAAUGACAUGAUACGUCUCAAACGAAACAUGAGUGGAAUGGUCAUAGGAGUGGAAAAGUUCAUGUUUGCGACCGCGUCGGCUAUGGGCGAGGAAGCCAGUUGGAACACAAGAGCUAAACUACAGCAUACAUGGCGAGAGGUUGCAAAACGCAAUAAACAGUAUAAUGUGACCAUAUUCCAGACCUACUCGUUUUACGUGGAUCAAUUGGAUUCCAUUGGUGGAAAUACACUAUCGACUGUAAUCGUAGCUGCCAUCACAAUGGAUCUGGCUUGUUUUCUAAUGAUUCCUAGCGCUAGUUCUAUUGUAUCUAGCUCUAUUGCUAUGUUGUCCAUCAAUGUCGGUGUGUUUGGCCUGCUAUCAUUGUGGAAUGUUAACCUCGAUCCGAUAUCUAUGUGUACGACACUGAUGAGCAUAGGGUUUUCAGUGGAUUUCACAGCUCAUAUUAGCUAUCACUUCUAUCGAAACCCUAUCUCUUGGACAACGGAUGAACGAUUAGCGGAUGCUCUCAGGUCUAUUGGCUGGCCAAUGAUACAAGCGGGUUUUUCGACGAUCCUUUGUAUUUCUCCUCUUUUAUUGAUUGAUUCCUACAUGGUCUAUGUGUUCGCAAAAACUAUAUACCUUGUUAUCGGUCUCGGCCUUUUGCAUGGGAUUGUCUUCUUGCCAGCUUUGUUACUAAGUAUUGGCUGCGCAGUACAGCCGGUGCAUAAGGUCUCUCCCCCUCCUAACAAUCUCGUGAAAACUCUGGAAGUAGCAGAGUUGGACAGUACCACACAAAGCGAACAGCUGAAACGAGUAGACGACUCAAUGCAAAAAGGACGAAAGCAAGGCUGA